CACUGUUAUUUUACUUAUAUAUAAGUAAAUAGUAUCAUAAAGUUGAUAGAAUAUUCUUAGAUGAUGAUAACAAUUUCUUCUUCUUUUACGACGAUGACGACGUCUCAAAAAAUCCGAGAGCUGUUAUCGAUGAAACUACUGAUUAUGAAGACUAUGAGAUUCUUGAAGAAAGAAAUAACAAUUAUGUUAUAAAUUUUGUUGUAUUUAUUGAAUUAAUAACGAAUAUUUCUAGUGAACAACGUAAUAUCAAUAAAUAGUCAUAGAUCUGCUAAAGCUAAAGAGACUUUCUUUAGUUAGAGAAAUUCGAGACAACUGACAGAUGGCGUGAUUGGCUCAAUAUUUUUAACACUAGUUUUACUUUCUUAUACAAUUACUGUUUUAUGAAUCAGCCAUGUUUUUUCUUUUCUAGUUCUGUUACAGUUACUGUAGUUCAACUACAGGAAACGGUCAUCAUGCAGAUUUUUGUUAAAACACUCACAGGGAAAACUAUAACCCUAGAGGUAGAGGGAUCCGACACUAUCGAAAAUGUCAAAGCUAAAAUUCAAGAUAAAGAAGGAAUUCCUCCCGAUCAACAACGAUUAAUUUUCGCUGGCAAGCAAUUGGAGGAUGGUAGAACUUUGUCAGAUUAUAAUAUUCAAAAGGAAUCUACUUUGCACUUGGUUUUGCGUUUACGAGGAGGUGCAAAGAAACGUAAGAAGAAGAAUUAUUCGACUCCGAAAAAAAUCAAGCACAAGAAGAAGAAGGUUAAGCUUGCUGUGCUCAAAUUCUACAAGGUCGAUGAGAAUGGAAAGAUCCAUCGACUAAGACGAGAAUGCCCUAGUGAGCAAUGUGGUGCUGGGGUCUUCAUGGCGGCUAUGGAAGACCGUCAUUAUUGCGGUAAAUGUGGUUACACGCUUGUCUUUAAUAAACCAGAAGAUUAAUAAAUAAUAAAUACAAAACAU